AUGCCAUCAAAUCCUGAAAAUGGCAUGCCGGGUUAUGAGUAUGCCGAGCAUUCAUUCUUGGGUGAUAUCAUCGACUUGAAACUAGAAAAUGGUGGCACCCAAGAGGCGGCUAAAACACCACUCAAGUUGCCAAACGGAUUGAGUCUUACGUACGGCCAAAUAAACGGCCUUGCUGGAGACUUUUAUGGAACCGACAGGCCUAUCAGUGAUGGUCGGAAUCCUGCGGACAAGGCCAAACGGUUUCUCGAUGCCUGGUUUUGGUUGGCAGAAGAUACCCACCGCCAGCCGAAGGAAGCAACUGACAUUCUAAAUCUCCUACAAGAGGAAGUGAAACUUGUCAAUGAAGCUGCAGCUCGAGGAGAAGACCCCUCAACCGUCUAUCCUAAAUUGCCUAAUAUUGACGCCAAGCUCACUUUUCUGACCCUUACCCGCCCUAGUGGAUUUCCGAGCUAUCCUAUGCUUGCCAGCAUCAACUGGGAUCAUUUUGGGGAGGAUGCGCAAAAAGCAUACAAUACGGGCCACCUAGCAGCGCUCCAGUAUGCGUGUAGUGCUGGUAGUGACUUGCACCUUGCUUAUGGGAUGAACGCAUUUGCAGAUCACUUCCUUGAAGAUUUGUUCUCUGCUGGCCAUCUUCGUACCCCUCGCCGCUCUCUGCAUGCACCGCCAAAUCUGUCUGCUGAUUGGUGUGCAAAGUACAUGCACGAUGAAGACUGCGCGAUUGGUUUGAAUGUCACGAACUCAAACAAGACCAGCUUUCGCGUCUACGGCGAUAAGCGCCUACUUGACAAGGCCAACAUUGUCACCAGAGACCUUUGCAUCAAAGCUUUGCAGUAUUCAGCAGAUGAAAUAUUUGAUGCCUGGAAGAACAAGGUAAUUCCGACCAGCUUUCAAGCUUUGGAACUUGCCCCAACAUUGGAAUCGAGCCGCCAGCCUCAAGAACUCUCCCCACUGUUCCGACUUCCUGUGCCGAGUGAUAAAAAGCAAGUCGUGUGGCGACGAGGGGAUAUCAAAAACCGGAGAGCAAAACAGGACGAUUACACACAAGACUGGUGGUAUUUGACAACAGUCAACUUGUGCAAGUCCAGUAAGCUUUGGAAUUACCCAAUUACACUGAAUUCCACUUUCAGCGAGGAAAAAUAG